AUGGUGGAACGUGGAAUAGCCAGAACAGAGGAGAUACGUUUCACAGAGGUGUGGAUGACGACAUGGGAGACACCUUACAUCAUGCGGCUAGCUCUCUCUGCCGGUAUAGGAGGUCUCCUCUUCGGCUACAACACGGGUGUUAUUGCGGGAGCUAUUCUUUACAUCAGAGAGGAGUUUGAUGUGGUCGACGACAAGAGAUGGCUCCAGGAGAUGAUUGUGAGCAUGACCGUGGCUGGAGCCAUCGUUGGAGCAGCGGUAGGAGGAUGGUACAACGACAGGUUUGGUCGGAAGACGUCUAUUCUCAUUGCCGACGUUCUCUUCGUGGUUGGAGCUGUUGUCAUGGCCCUUGCUCAUGAACCGUGGGUCAUCAUCGUAGGCAGACUCUUGGUGGGUUUUGGAGUUGGUAUGGCUUCCAUGACUUCACCGCUUUACAUCUCGGAGAUGUCUCCAGCGAGAAUCAGAGGCGCGUUGGUUAGUACCAAUGGACUUCUCAUUACUGGAGGACAGUUUCUGUCUUAUCUCAUCAACCUCGCCUUCAUCCGUACACCAGGGACAUGGAGGUGGAUGUUGGGAGUCUCUGCGGUUCCAGCGAUCAUUCAGUUCUGCUUAAUGCUGACAUUACCAGAGUCUCCACGUUGGCUUUACAGAAACGACAAGAAGGCUGAGUCCAGAGACAUCCUCGAGAGAAUCUACCCUGCAGAGCAAGUUGAAUCCGAGAUAGCUGCACUCAAAGAGUCAGUCAUGGCAGAGAAGGCUGACGAGGAUGUCAUCGGCCACACCUUCUACGCUAAACUCAAAGGCGCUCUCUCUAACCCCGUCGUCCGCCACGGCCUCGCAGCUGGUAUCACCGUCCAGGUCGCACAGCAGUUGGUGGGAAUCAACGCGGUCAUGUACUACAGUCCCACUAUCCUUCAGUUUGCGGGUUACGCCUCGAACAAGACAGCCAUGGCUUUGUCCCUUAUAACCUCUGGUCUCAAUGCGUUGGGGUCGAUAGUGAGCAUGAUGUUGGUCGACCGUUACGGCAGGCGCAGGCUUAUGAUCAUUUCCAUGUUUGGUAUCAUAUCUUGUCUUGUCAUUUUGGCUGCUGUCUUCUCUGAAGCUUCGAAACAAGCUCCUAAGAUCGAUACGAGAGACUCCAUAAGCUUUGCUACGAAUGGUACUUGUCACGCCUUUGCCCCCUACACAGCCUCAAAGGCUUCUCCAUCUAACUGGAACUGUAUGAACUGUCUAAGAUCACAUUGUGGAUUCUGCUCCAACAAAGCACAAGAGUACGCACCUGGAGCAUGUGUUGUUCUGUCUGCUAACAUGAAGUCAUUGUGCCACUCGAAAGGAAGAACAUACUUCAAAGACGGAUGCCCCAGCAAGUUAGGUUACUUAGCCAUAAUCUUCCUCGGCCUCUACAUCAUCGCCUACGCGCCUGGUAUGGGGACAGUGCCAUGGAUUGUCAACUCUGAGAUAUACCCUCUACGCUACAGAGGUCUGGCGGGAGGAAUAGCUGCAGUAGCAAACUGGUCGUCGAAUCUCGUCGUGAGCGAGACUUUCCUGACACUGACUCACGAGGUUGGUUCGUCAGGAACGUUCCUUCUCUUUGCAGUGUCCUCAGCAACAGGAUUGAUCUUCAUAUGGAUGCUUGUGCCUGAGACCAAAGGGCUUCAGUUUGAGGAAGUGGAGAAGUUGCUAGAAGACGGUCUUAGGCCUAGCUUGUUCCGACGGAUUAGUAGAGCUAAGGAAGUAGAUACUUCUUAGCUGUUACUUUCUUCUGGCUGCAAAAGCCAAACAAAACAACUCAUACUAGUUUGUAAAUUCAUUAUUUAUUUUUUUCACUCUGCUCAUUACAGCCAAGAAGCUGAACUAAUGUUAUACCUAAAGAUAGACAUAUACAAAAAUAUCAUUACUGUCAACAAGUGAGGUUGAAUAGAGAUAUGCUAAGGAGUGAUAAAAAAAAGUUUAAAAGUGGUAAACCUUUGAUCAAAUUGUCUAAGGAAACAAGUGAUAAUGAAUGGUAUUGAUAUGGAAUAAGAAGAGGGAAAAUGUAAUGAUCUUUGAGGUCUUUGAAGGAUGAGAGUUAGGACAUUUGAUGUAUGCAUGUGGAAAGUGAGUCACACACAUCCUCAAAUCUCAUCAUUCAUAC